AUGAGUCGCAGCAGCUUUAACAGCGCGCCUUCGUCUUUCUCGCGAGGAGGAGGGAAGAAAAGGUGUUUGCGGAGGAGGACUGUUGUUGCGAGUGUAGAGGAUAAUACGAAUAACGGUGAUGAAUCAUCACUCGUCAACACCGCGCAUGCAAUCACCUCGAGCACUCCGUACGCGUUACUCGAAGGUGUGGUCGUGCUCGCGAUACUCGCGUUACUCGAUUGCGGAUGGUCCGGGGACUGGUCCAGAAUAGGCGCGGUGACGCAGGAAAACGAAGCGCAAGCGAGAUGGCUUUGUGUGAAUGUCGUUUUCCCCGCGCACUGUGUGACCGCUUUGGUCACGUAUUCGGUCGAGGAUUCGGAGGAAGACAAAGUGAAAAACGGAUUCAAAUCGUUUCUCGUCGGCGGGUUGACGAUGAUUAAAGCUCUCGCGGAACGCGAGAAAAGAAAAGCGUCGGAGCGAUGA